AACCCGGCUAGUCCUGCACGAGCUUGUGCUAGCGGUGAAAAUAGUCCAUGCGAAUUACACGGUUUAUCGGCGUGUCUCUCGUGUUGUACCGGGCUUGUGCCGAGUUGGGCCAAAUUCGUGAUGAUCGUCGUGCCAACCUGGCGCGUACCCACUCUAUCUGCCGGUAUCUAUAUAACUCGUCACGUGGAAAAUAUUAGUACUCACACCACCAUUUUCGAAAACAACGACAAUUGAAGUUUUUCCAGAAGAGAGAGAAGCAAAUCAAUCAUAGUUUCUGCAACUCAACAACUCUUCCUAACCAAAUCAUAUAAUUUAAGCGCGUAUUUCAAGCAAAAUUUCUCAAAUAAUUCAACUGAAAAAAAGCCCUAAAUUCUUCACCAAUCAUCAUCUUCUUCUUCAGAUGAAGAACAAAUUUUCAGAGAAUUCCUAACAAUGGCUGCCCAGGCAAAUGAACCACAACAAGUUGAACAAAGUCAGAAGAGAGAGAAAGAGGCGAAGAACAUUCCCGAAGCUCACGAGGAAGAAGAGAGGAGAGAGAAUGAGGUGAAGAAUGAAGAAUUAGAUCCAGAGUUGUUUAGCUGUUUACUUCAACCAAUUGCCGCUGAUUCCGAUCUCGAUUACAUUGGAAUUCGUCGCCUUCUUCUCCAUCGCAAAGCUCAAUCCGGUGCUCAUCGAAGAAUUGAAUGGAGAUGUAAUGGUAAAGGUUAUGUAGCAUAUCGCAAUUUUAUCAAUCGACCACGGAAUUGGGAGAGCCUCCUUUUGCAAAGCCAAUCAAGCACUCCUAAUCAAAGUGGACGAUGGGUUGCAUCUCCAGGUCCACUCUCUCUUCUGUUGGAGGUGGAGAGCAUGAACUCUAGCAGGGGCCUGCACGGUAACAGCCAAGCAAGAAAUAGUUUCAGCUCCAGUACUAGUGACAAUGAUCAUCGCUCUGACCGAUCACGAAGGAAAGCUGAACCUGCUUAUUCUUUUGUAGGAAUGCACUGUAUCUUUGAUCAGUGCAAAGUUGCAGUUACUGUACUAAAGUUCGGGCACAUGAGUUCUGAUUUGCUAGCAUAUGGAGCAGGCGAUGGAUCUCUGACAGUUUGCUCUGUUUCAGACCCUCCUUCAGUUACAAAAGAACUGAUAGGGCAUACCAAAGAUGUCACAGAUUUUGACUUCACAGCCAACAACCAAUACAUUGCGUCAACAUCACUUGAUAAAUCCGUGAGAGUGUGGGACCUAUCUAAAGGUGUAUGCAUUCGGGUUAUUUAUGGGGUCUCAGUGCAAUGGUGUAUACGUUUUCACCCUGUGAACAAUAACUUUCUUUCAGUGGGGAAUGCAAACAGGGAAAUCAAUGUCUACAAUUUCAGUACCGGUAGAUUGAUGCAUAAGCUUGUUCUUGAUGACGAGGUUACUGCAAUGGACCAUGAUCAUACGGGUCAGCUGCUUUUUUGUGGUGAUGCUCAGGGAUUUAUAUAUACUGUAGGUAUGGACUCUCGUACUGGAGCUUUAUCUCGUUUACAUCGAAAUCGGAAUGGAAGCAAGAGGAAGUCCCCAGUCACAGUUGUAAAGUAUCGAACCUUUUCUUUGUUGGCACGUGGUCCAGUUUUGCUGACUUGCACUCAGGAUGGAAGUUUGGCAUUCUUCAGUGUUGCCCUGGAGGUAAAAGGCUAUUUGACAGUUCGUUGCUCUCUCAAAUUGACCCCUCGAGUGCAUAGAAUUCGAGCUUCCUUCUGUCCUUUAUUAUCCCUUGAGAAGGGAGAGUACAUAGUUGCUGGAAGUGAGGACUCAAACGUAUACUUCUAUGACUUGACUCGACCAAGGCACACUUGCGUAAACAAGCUGCAGGGUCACAGUUCAUCGGUAAUAGGUAUCACAUGGAAUCAUGGAGAGAACUUGCUAGCUUCAUCUGAUGCUGGUGGAACAGUUAUAGUAUGGAAGAGAGCUAAAACCAGUUAGUACUCUCUUUGGUCGCAAGCUUAGCAUUGUGAGGAACAUUCACUGUAACGUGCAUGUUCAUAGAGGAUCACCGACGAUGCAGAAAUGGGCAAUCUUGAAUUCCUGAUUGCUUGAUUUGAGUCUUAGAGGCCAGAGUUGUCACAUUGUAUUGUGAUAUUAUUGAGCUGGAAAUCGAGGCUUUCAUACAUACCAGUUUUCGCUUCAUACCAUCAUUCAAUUUAUUCCGUUCACACAAAGGCAAUAUAGGUUGAUGCACAGCACAAUGUAUCUGUUUUUCUUGUUAUGGACCUCAAACAAUGAUUUCAUAUUUUCAUGAGACAAGUUAGUAAAUAUGACCCAAGAGUUGUGUUGUUGGUAUGAUACAGAUCUGAGUUUUGGUUGUAAAUUUGUAUUGGAUAUGAUUGUUUUGCAAAAAUGAAUAUUUGCCCACUUUUGGGGGUGUUUUCUUUCCAAAA